AUGUUGUUCAUCAGACUGCUGGCUGUGUUCCUCGUGCUCGUCUCCAACACGUGGCUGCUCAGCCCGGUCCGAUCCGACGCACUUCGCCGGUACAAGCGCGCGCUGGCCCGGCGGGCAGACCGGGACCUGUCCGGGUUGGCAGGUGAACCCUGCUCCGUGUCCGGGCCGUCCCCACUGCAGACCCGCGCCCGUCCCCCGGCCCAACACCGCCCUCCAGCGGCUCAUUCGAGCACGAGCCGGAGAGCGCGGAGCGCGGCUCCGGAGGUGUGCGCAGGCGGCUGCCGGUUCGACACCGGACCGGUCGCCUUCGCCGGGGAAAGGGAGAGUAUCCGGGGCGGUACCGGAGCCGGGGGUAAGUUUGCCACUUUCCUCGAACGUUCUUAUCAGAAAAGUGUCCAGAACAAGGAGAAAGAGACAGAAGAUGUGGACAAACAACCCGGGAGCUCCGCUCCACGAGACACGGAGCGGAGACUCGUGUCCACGAGACACGCGCCGUCCCCUCGCGCCAGGUUUCCCCGCGGCCUCGAAGCGAGGCGUCGUUCAGAGGAGGGGGGGACCUCCCGGUGGGACAAAGUUUCCUCCGCCAGCUCAGCGCACAAAGGACAGCAGCUCGUGCACGCGCUGCAGCGCGCAGAUGGAGACCUGCGGUCCUCGGCGGAGACUCCGGAGGACUACUCCGGGGAGGUGGAGGAGGCGGAUGCGAGCUCGUCGGCAAACAGCUGGGGAGGCCCCGUGCCAAGGGUGCCCCCCUCGUGGAUGAGCGCGCUGUACUUCAGCGGACACCGGCAGCAUCUGAAGGUGAAGCUGGCGGAGGGAGUGGAGCUGCCCCGCGCCACCUUCACUGUGGAGCUGUGGGUGAAGCCAGAGGGGGGGCAGACCAGCCCUGCGGUCAUAGCAGGUGUGUUUGACAACUGUUCCCACUCACUAAAUGAGAAAGGCUGGUCAGUAGGCAUUCAGACUGUGGAACCAGCAGGUACCAAAGAUGCACGCUUCUACUUCUCGCUUCGUACGGACCGAGCUGUGAAAUCCACCACCGUCUAUAGUCACCACCGGUACCAAGCCAAUGUCUGGACUCACCUAAUGGUCACGUACAACAGCCACAACAUGACCCUGUAUGUUGAUGGAGCUAAGGUAGGAGAAAGUAGUCUCCAGUCUGGGAGUCUCUACAGUCGCUUCAUGCAGACCUGCAGAACAUUAUUUCUUGGCAGCAAACAGUCCGACGAGGGCCACAGCUUCAGGGGCCACAUUGGAGGAGUGGUCUUAUGGGACUAUGCCCGCACUCAUGAGGACCUCCUUAAAUGCCCACUUCAAAUAGAGACCAGCAAGCCAGUUCUAUCGAUGUGGGGGGAUUUCACCAAUGUGGAGCGUCUAUGGACUCCUUAUAAAUUUGGCCUUCAUCCUACUGUCGUCACCACUCCUGUGCCUGAGCAAGAACACAUCUCCUUGUUCCUGCCCCCGCCCUGUGGCCUGACACAGUGUGACAACACCGACAUCAUUUCUGGCUACAACAAUAACUGGCAGCUGCGUACCCCCAAGCGCAUUCGCUAUCGAAUUGUCAACCUCUCAGAUGAUGACGGUGGAAAUCCAACAGUGACAAUGUCCCAGAUUCAGAUCCAGCAUCAGGUUCUGAACGAAGCCUUCAGGCCAUACAACAUCACUUUGGAUCUGAGAGUCCAUAAUGUGAAAAACUCCAGCCUUCGGCGGAAAUUUAUCCUCAGCAACUGUCGAAUUGGCAAGAUUGGGAACCGCCAGUGUGACCCGGAGUGCGACCACCCGAGGACAGGCCACGAUGGAGGGGACUGCCUCAGGAUGGGACACUGCUACAACUGGAAGAGACAAGAUGGUGUCUGUAACCCGGAAUGCAACAGCAUAUACUACGACUAUGAUGAUGGAGACUGCUGUGAUCCAGAUGUCACAGAUGUCCUCAAGACCUGCUUUGAUCCUGAAUCUCCUGAGAGAGCUUAUAUGAGUGUGAAAGAAAUAAAGGAGGAGUUAAACCUGAGCAGCAGCGACACUCUCAAUGUUUUUUUUGCGAGCAACUCGUUGCGUGAAGAGCUGGCAGGAGCAGCGACCUGGCCAUGGGCAAAGGAGGCUCUUACACACCAAGGUGGGAUGGUCCUCAACCCAUCCUACUUUGGUACAACAGGCCACCAAAACACAAUGAUUCACGAGAUGGGACACAUUUUUGGACUGUACCAUGUCUUCAAGGGGGUGAGCGAGCGGGACUCCUGUGAUGACCCAUGUCAGGAGACCACCCCAUCAAUGGAGACAGGAGAUCUGUGCGCCGACACUGCCCCAACAACCAAAUCUAAAGCCUGCCACGACCCUGGAGCUGUUAAUGAUACGUGUGGAUUUACCACCUUCCAGAACACUCCUUUCAACAAUUAUAUGAGUUAUACUGAUGACAACUGCACCAACCAGUUCACUCCAAACCAAGUAGCCAGGAUGCACUGUUAUCUUGACCUGGUCUACCAGAAGUGGCUAAUGGACCGUCGACCUGCCCCCAUUCCACUUGCCCCGAUAGUGACUGACCAAAGCGCCAAUUCUGUCUCUAUAUAUUGGCUCCCACCAAUGAGAGGGUCACUUGUUCAAAGCUCCUCGUUUCAUGGGUCUGGCGUGAGCUGUGAAAACUGUGAGAAAGAAGGCGUCUUCCACCAGUAUGCUUAUCACGCAUCCUCGCCUCGUAUAUGUGACACGAUGGGCUACUGGACACCUGAAGAGGCAGUCGGGUUGCCUGAUGUGGAGCAGCCAUGUGAACCCAGUCUCCAGGCCUGGAGUCCUGAGCUAAGCCUCUACGACACCAACGUGACAUCACCGUGUCCCGACACGGAGGGCUGCACCCUCACACUGAGAUUCCUGCACCCUGUCAUUCCUCAUGCACUUAAACUCUGGGUAACCUACAUCUCCUUAAACAACCCUGCUUUAGCCAACAUUGAGCUGAUUACAGAGGCAGGAAAAAGUAUUAGCCUUGGACCACAGCACGUUUUCUGUGACAUGCCCCUCACCGUGCGCCUUGACACCCACAAUGUGGCGGUAGCUGCCAUCAAGCUCAGCACCUUUGAUGAGAAAAUGGAAAUCGAUGCAGCCAUGUUGUCUUCAGGCCCCGGCAGCCCUCUUUGUUCCAACUGCCAACCUCUGCUGUACCGGGUUCAGCGUCAGCCACCUUUCAGCAGUAAAGCCCCCUCACCUGUGACGCAGCAAACGUUCACAGACAGCUCUGUUAUCCAGGGAGUCAAGUAUCAGUACACAGUCCAGGUGGAAGCAGAUGGUCUUCUCAGCUAUCCCUCACUGCCUCUUAUCUACACACAUGGGCAGUCCUACUGUGGCGAUGGUCGUGUACAGGGCAUGGAGGAGUGUGACGACAGCAAUCUGUUGGACAGUGACGGCUGCUCCAAGAAAUGCCUUAAGGAGGCAGGCUUCAGCUGUAAUGGUGAACCUAGUCAAUGUUACGUUUAUGACGGUGACGGUGUGUGCGAGGAGUUCGAGCGGGGCUCCAGUGUACAAGACUGUGGUUUUUUCACGCCUCUGGGUUAUACAGACCAGUGGGCGUCUAUUGCCACUGCUUCUCACCAGGACCCCAACCUCUGUCCUGCCAGUGCCGCCACAGGGGAGCCAUCAUUUCCCAAGCUUUGUAGUUUUCAUCACCCAGAGAUGAGUGAGUUAUUUCCCACUGAUGCUUGGUACCCUUGCAAAGCCCAGUCCGACACAAAUAAUGGCCUGGAACACUCAUACUGGCUAAAGGUGGGAUUCGUUCACUCUGGAGUGGCAGCUUCUGUGAUGGUGUACUUGGCUUCAGAUGGUUUGUGGUCCGGGGAGCAGUAUCGGAGGACAGUCACCAUCCUCCUGUCUGAUGCUAAUGGAAAGAACCACUCACUAGGCACACACGACCUAUCUUGCCAUCACAACCCGCUGGUGGUGAACGUGACCCACGACCUCUCUCAACCUUUCUUCCUCACGUCCUCCGUCAUCCUUCUCCUCUCCUCCCCCUCUGUCGCGGUGAGAGGGGUGGCUCUGAGGACCUCCUGCCACUUCAGCACCUUCGCCCUGACCGGCUGUUUAUGGCAGCCGUGUCAGAUGGACAGCUGCAGUCGUCCGCAGAUACAGCAUGCAUCUGUCAGGUGUACAGGAGGAGGGGAAGCGUCUCGCUGCUCUGUUCUGUGUCACCAUGGUUUCAGUAUCACUACUGUCAGUGGGAGGGAGACACCACCCCACCAGAGAACAACAGAGCUGGAGUGUUUUCAUGGCUCCUGGGAUCGCGUUGUAAGCUGUGAGCCUGUAGACUGCGGCCUUCCUGACCAGUCUCAUGUUUAUCACGCUAUAUUCAGCUGCCCCUGGGGCACCACAUUUGACAAACAAUGUUCUUUCACCUGUGGACCGCCAGCCAUAUUGCAAGGCGACAGUGAUAGGUUGGUGUGUUUGGAAGACGGACUGUGGUCUUUCCCAGAAGCCUACUGCAAGAUCGAGUGCUCCGAGGGUCCAGACGUUCCCAGCGCCAAAUUACUAACAGCACACUGUCUGGAUUCAGGGCACCAUGUUGGGUCAAUGUGCCGUUACAAAUGUAACCCUGGCUUCUACGUAGCUGGGAGCCUCAAAAACAAGACGCCGAGGAAGUACUUCAAGUUGGAUUGUCUGGAGGACGGGCAGUGGGAGGACAACAGCUGUGAGCCUAUAUCCUGCCCAGCCCUGCCUGAUGUAUUCCAGGGCAUGUACACCUGCACCAAUGACCUGUACUAUGACACCCACUGCACCUUGCAGUGCCCUGACACCACUGAAAAUAGUGAAAUCCGCUGCACUAAGGAUGGUGAGUGGACAGCAGAGUUCACCAUGUGCUCCUCUCUCCGGGGUUCCUGCUCUGCUCCUCCAGAUCUGAAUUCUGUCGAGUACAGCUGUGACCAAGGGAUGGGUAUUGGUGCUGAAUGUUACCCAGCAUGUGCUGUCACUCUGAACAUGGAUCUUCAUGACCCGGUGGUUCUGCCCAGUGGCACUACAACUGAUACAUUGAAGCACUGGAUGGUGCCCACCACCGUUGAGAGUAUAGUCUGCACUGGGAUGAUGAAAUGGUUUCCUGACCCACAGAACAUCUACUGUAUCCAGUCGUGUGAGCCUUUUGGAGGAGAUGGCUGGUGUGACACUAUCAACAACCGGGCCUACUGCCAGUACGAUGGAGGAGACUGCUGCCCGUCCACACUCUCCACUAAAAAGGUCAUUCAGUUUGGGACAGACUGCAGCGAGGACGAGUGCACGUGCCGCGAUCCAGACGCCGACGAGAAUAAAAGCAAAGCCAAACACUUGGACUGAUGAAGGAGUAGGAAGAAGUGACAAAAGAAACUGAACUUGUGUAAGACAAGUCAAACCACGAGAGACACCAACAAGAACAACAACAUAAAGGAUUCUUAACAUCUUGUGAUGC